GUACAACACGAGGGGCCGUGGAAAAAGCAGCAGCAGAAAACCAGAAGCCGCCCGUCAGCAGGAAAAUUAAAUAAUUAACAAGCAAUCAAUUGACAUUAAUUAAUUAAAUAAAUAUAUUUAAAUCACUGCUUUCAUUUGGGUCGCCUCAAAUGCAAUUCUAGUGAUCUUUUAAUUACAUAAAGUUCAAAAACAGCUGAUAGUUACAGUGUAGCGGAAACUUUUCUCGGCAAUUUUCACGCGCUAAUGAAAAUCUGCCAGAGCCAACAAAAACAACGAAAAAGAAGAAAAUCUGUAUUAAAUCAUCAAUAAAAAUAGGCAAACUAACGGUACAAUGAGCUCAGCUGUUUGAAUAAAAAACAAUAACCAAACAAAAGCAACAACAACAAGCAAGCAACACGCACCAAAUCACACAAGCAACAACAAUAGCAACAAAAUAUGUACGAAAAAACAUUAACUCAGGGAACUGCGAAAGUUAAUAAUGCAUAUGAAUGGCAAAAAGUGAGAUACAACAACAACAAUAAUAGUAGCAAGAUAACAACAACCACAGCAGCUGCAAAAUCAGUUAAAAUCAAGCAGCAGCAACAACAAAACAGCAGUGUGAAAAAUGCAACAAAAGCAAUAACAACACCAAAAACAGCAAAUACAACAUUACCGUUGCAAACAUGCAACAACAUAACCGUUAAGCCGCCAGCACAAAAUCAAAGCGUAAAAAUCAAAUUCGUUGGCAACUCGGCACGUCGGCAAACGCUGGCCCAUCAAAUAAAGCGAGCGCAUCGGCAUUUACUCACCAGCGGCGGCAACGACAAAAAACCGACGCAACAAAAGCAAAAGCAGCAGGUGUUAGCGCAACCUGGCAAAACAGUUGCCAAACCCAAGCAGAAGCAGAAACAAUUGUUGAAAAGUGAUAAGAAACCGAAUCAUCAGCAGCAGCAGAGAAAGCGUGGAACCAGGAACACUCGCCAUCCGGGCGGCCAGAGCGACGGCGCUGAAUCUGGCCUCUCCUCGCGCUGGUGCUCCAUUGAGGCGCAGCUGAACGUGCUGGACGACCUGCUCUACUACUGCGAUGAGGAGGCCCAGUUACACCUAGCCCAGCUCUACCAACAAUUCAGAAGGGGCAGCAGCAACAGGAGCUACUCCCCGGCCAGCGACUUCUGGAGCGACUCGGACAUGGACAACGACAACGAUUCGAGCACCAGUGGUACUGGCAGCCACAGCAACAACAGUCAAGGCCACAGCUUGACGCCAGCCUCGCUGAAGCGACGUGGCCACCAGCAUCAUCCGCGUUUCUCCGGCACCCGCCGUCCCAACGUACCCAAUGUUCAGGAGAUUCUGGCCGCUCUUUAUCGCGGUGACUCCAAAGGAGUGCUGUCUAAUCUUAGGGGCGAGGCGGCGCCCGUAGAGGAGGAGCAGCAACAGCAGCAGGAGAUGGCGCCCAGUAGGAGCACCUUGAGCCUGCCGCUUAGCGAAUCUGUGACAAAUUCUUUGGGCAGCAAUAGUCCCACGCCCACGGAUGAGAGUAGUGUGCAGGAUGAGAGUGCGGCAGCGAACUCAGUAGCAACGCCAGGUGUAGCCGGCGUGCCGCCUGCAGCUCCUUCGAGCACCAAGAGCAAGAAAAAGAAGCGUGAUAAGGGCGAAAAGUCUGAGAAAUCGGACAAAUCUGAGAAGAGCGAACGCAAGAAAAAAUCCUCUUCGUCGUCGGGCAAAAAGGAGCGCAGCAAACGAUCUGCAACCUCUGGUAAUCCCAUGGAGCUGAGCAGCGAUAGUCUGGCCACCGAUCUCAGUGCCGGGGCCAUUGACGAGGGCAUUGCAUUGGCCGAUGACGACGAUAACCAGGCGGCGGAGUGGUCACAACUUCGCUGCACUAGCGAAUCGUCCGAAAUCGUGGCUGAGCGUGAGGCGCGCCGGAACAAGGGUCGUUGUGCUGACUACCCCGGACUGGCAUUCGGCAGGUCCAUCUUCAGCUCCGACACCAUGAUGAAGUUCAACAUCAUCCGGAACGAGCUACACAACAUCAUGAAUACGCAGCUCAAGCGGGCCGAAUCCGAGGUUGCUGCUCUGAACCGUCGCAUCCAGUUGCUCGAAGAAGACUUGGAGCGCUCUGAGGAGCGUCUGGGCUCCGCCACAGCCAAGCUGUCGGAAGCCUCUCAGGCCGCCGAUGAGAGCGAACGGAUACGAAAAGCGCUCGAGAAUCGCACAAAUAUGGAAGACGACAAAGUAGCUCUCUUGGAGAACCAAUUAGCACAAGCAAAAUUAAUUGCAGAAGAAGCUGAUAAGAAAUACGAAGAGGUUGCCAGAAAACUCGUGCUCAUGGAACAGGAUCUGGAGCGUUCCGAGGAGAAGGUCGAGCUCAGCGAAAGCAAAAUUGUGGAGCUUGAGGAGGAGCUGCGCGUGGUUGGCAACAACCUGAAGUCCCUGGAAGUCUCUGAGGAGAAGGCCAACCAACGUGAGGAAGAGUACAAGAACCAGAUCAAGACCCUGAACACUCGUCUAAAGGAGGCUGAGGCUCGCGCUGAGUUCGCUGAACGUUCCGUUCAGAAGUUGCAGAAGGAAGUCGACAGGCUCGAAGAUGACCUGCUGAACGAGCGGGGCAAGAACAAGCUGCUGCAGGAGGAAAUGGAGGCCACCUUACAAGACAUACAGAACAUGUAAACAUCGUAAUUUGCGCCUAUGUAAAUGAACUCUAAACUGCCUGCUUUGACGUCAAAACAAACAAGAAACGCACACAAAACUGGCGCUUUCCAUAAUUAAAUAUACUAGAGAACCCCCCCCCACACACACAUCUAUUUUCAAACAUGCCCACCCUACACCCACAACACACACAAUACAACACCCAAGGACGCCAGGUGUCUUCCAAGCGGAUGCGGAAGCGACGCCAUCAACGGGGGAGAGUUGAGUUAAUCAGAAGAAAAAUAGCGUUAAACAAAAACACUCUAAACAUAAAAACUAAAAGACAAAAGCAGAUGACGAUGAUGGAAAGGCAGAAAAGAAAAGAAAACUAAAGCAAGACAUUCUCGUAGCAAGCGCAUUCCAAUUAACGUUUACCUUUGACUUUGAUCUGCGAUUUCGAUUUCCAUUGACUUGGCAUUUAGCGCCAUUUUUUAUUAAACUUUUAACUGUUGCAAUACAAUUUUCGUUGAAUCAAAACAAAGCAAAACAAAAGAAACUUUAAUUAUUCCAUUUACUUAUACUCUUUGCUUUUGCUACCCCAAAACCUUGUUUUGUUUUAACUUUUUAUAACUUAUAUAAAUUUUAAAUUAUAAAUUAUACCUUGUAUACUUGUGUAUUUUUGUAUUCUUGACGAGAUGAUGACAAAACAAACUUGGACAACACAAGUGCCGCCUUCUUCUUAGUAGUUUACGUGUAUUAAAUAUAGAGAGAGACAAACAAAACAAAACCAAUCGCUGUUAUUUAUAUUUAAAGAGUAAAAAUUCUAUGCUAAACAACCUGUACUCUUUGUCGCCAGCUUAACUGUAUUAAUAAUAUGCUAAUGUUUACCUUGUUUAUACAUUAUUUAAACAAAUUGUCGUCGUGUUUGCAAAACGUUGUGUAAUAUUUGCCUACUUUUAAGUUGCCGCCACACAAACAUACACUCUACCCACACGCCCACACCUCUUUCGACGGAGAUUCUCAGAAACAACAAGAGCGCACAUCAUUCCAAUUGAGCGAUUAAAGCCAGCUUUUAUUUGAAAAAUAAAAACGAAACCCUAUUCCCACACUCUUUAACUAAUCCCGCUUUCGAUACCGAAAAAGAAAAGCCACCCAAUAACAAUAAAUAUAGAGGAGAAGAAUGCUGCAACACAAGAAAUGGCAUUGAAAAUUCGAUUUGAAAUUCGAUCUAUUUACGAUUUACAUAAAUUAAUUAUUUAUACUUUAAUAUAUUACCUAUACAUACCAUACUAUAUACAAUACAUACAACCAUGCUGCUGCAAUUUGCACAAAUAAAGUAUUUUUUCCGAAAAAAA